GGGUGGGGUGGUGGCAUGCCGAGAUCAUAGAGACCAAGUUUUCUUCAGUAUUGGAAACAAAUCGGCUAAAUUAGUUUGAAAAAAUGUCCUGGGUACCGCCGAAUUUAUCGGAAGCCUGCCAGGUCUACACCACCGUUACGAAUUGUGCGCCUAGUACGUUUUUAUUUUUACAACUAAUCACCGAUUUAUUCGGAUAUUCGAGAGAUUCGCGUGGAUUAGCGCACGGUUUUAGUUCUCAUCACAGCAGUUUCGAUCAUGAAUUUGAAAGUUUUUUGGAUUCGCACUCAGGCAAUUCGCAUCAAGCACGAGAUGAGGAUUACGAUUUCAUUGUGGUCGGUGCGGGUAGUGCAGGAUGUGUCAUGGCCAAUAGGCUCACAGAAAUAGGGAAAUGGCGGGUCCUUCUUCUGGAAGCGGGUGACGAGGAACCUGAAGUUGCUGAAGUGCCAGCCUUUGCCCCAGCUUUACAAACCUCUUCAAUCGACUGGAUGUACGAAACCCAACCAACACCAAAUGCAUGCUUGGCCCGCCCAAACGGCCGCUGCGCAUGGGCGAGAGGCCGAGUCAUGGGCGGCUCAUCCACCAUAAACUACCUGAUUUACAUUAGAGGUAUUCCCAGGGAUUAUGAUGAGUGGGCUGAGAUGGGUAAUCAUGGUUGGAGUUAUGAGGAGGUGCUACCGUACUUUAUUAAGAGUGAGGAUAAUAGGAAUAUCGAUAUGGUUGAUAGUAGAUUCCAUGGUACGAAUGGUCCUCAAACUGUAGAGGUGUUUCCCUAUCAAGAUGAAGUUACUUUGGGAUUAGUGAAGGCAUAUGAAGAACUUGGUUUGCCCAUUAUAGACCAGAACUCAGAUAGAGUGAUAGGCGCUAUGUUGCUCCAACAUACAACAAGAGAUGGUGAGCGAUUAAGUACCAAUGGUGCUUAUAUUAGACCUAUAAGAUAUAAAAGAUCAAACCUUGUGGUAAAAACAAACGCUGAAGUUUCAAGAGUUCUAAUAGAUCCUUCAACAAAAAUCGCUUACGGCGUAGAGUACGUACAAAAUGGCAAAUUAAAGCAAGCAAGAGCGAAGAAGGAAAUUAUAGUAUCUGGUGGUUCUAUAAACUCCCCCAAAAUUCUUAUGUUGAGUGGUGUAGGUCCUGCUAACCAUCUACAGGAACAUGGUAUACAAGUUAUAAAUGAUCUAGCUGUUGGUUUUAAUCUUCAUGACCACGUCACCAUAGAUGGUGUAGUUUUUACUUUAUCGCCAUACAGCGCUAGAAAUGCUAGUGAUGAGGAAAUCCGUGAUGAUAUUUACAAGUAUAAAGAUACUCGUAGAGGACCACUAGCUUCAACAGGUCCUCUGCAAUCCAAUGCUAUGGUACAAACAAAGUAUGAAAAACUUCAUGAUGCACCCGAUAUACAAUACUCUAUAGAUUCUAUGAACGUAGAAAACUUUUUAUCCGAUCCAAUAUUAACAGCUCAAACCGCAGUUACACCUCUAGCUUACUAUACAGGUCUUAUGGCACGCCCUAUAUUACUCAGCCCCAAAAGUAGAGGCGUUGUUAGACUAAACGAUUCAGAUCCUAUAUACGGCGCCCCAUUAAUUCACCCUAACACAUUUAACGAAGAAAUAGAUCUUCUACGUAUUGUUGAAGGUGUAAAACAGUCCUUAAACCUCCUAAGCACUCAUACAAUGCAACAUUUAGGGGCUCGCCUGGCCACCACACCCCUACCGGCUUGCCGCCAUAUACCAUUCGGUUCUGAUGAUUACUGGGCUUGUAUAGCCCAAUCUUACACAACUACAAUCUAUCAUCCAGUGGGGACAUGUAAAAUGGGGCCUAAAUCGGACAACGAGGCUGUCGUGGAUCCUAAAUUAAGGGUGUAUGGUAUAAAGAAUCUAAGGGUUGUGGAUGCUUCAAUUAUGCCUAAAAUUGUUAGGGGCAAUACUAAUGCUCCAACGAUAAUGAUUGCUGAAAAAGCGUCGGAUUUAAUAAAAAACCAGUGGUUGGGAGGGGGAAAUAGAUACGAAGGUCCUACGCGUCAUCAGGAUUUGUUUAAUAUUGACUUUUAAUAUCUAAGAAAUUAGAUUUAUUUAUAUGAGAUGG